CUUACACACACACACACACACGCACCCAGGGACGGACAGCAGCGGGACCAAGCACCGACCAUGGCCGUACGGGACACUGCCUCUCUGCUCGCCGGACUCUUGGUCCUCCUUCACACCUGGGGAGCGUGGGCUACAGUGGAGGUGGGCAUGGAGGACAGAGUGGAGGUGUUCAGGGGAGACACCGCUCAGAUCGCCUGCAUGUUCACAUCCUCUGAAGGCAUCGGGGCCUUGACUAUCGAGUGGUUUUACUUGACACCGACCGGUCAGCGGCAGAAAAUCUACAAACAGGACUCCACCAUGAAGUCUGUGGAGCGAGGCACGCAGUUCACGGGCAGGAUCAGCGUGAACGGCACCGGAUCCACAGGAGAGCUGGUGCUGACCAUCACAGACGUGUUGCUGGAGGACGAGGUGGAGUUCAUCUGUCAGAUCAACAGCCUGACAGAGGGCGACGGUGAAGGACACACACAACUGAGGGUGUUCGAAACACCGGAGCUUCCUUCCAUUGAGAGAGUUCAUACAGGGAUCUCUGUCAGCAACGACAACCCAUCCAAGAUUGGAAGCUGUGAGGUUAAAAAUGGCUACCCCAAGCCCAACAUCACUUGGUACAGAGACAACACGCCGCUGUAUAACGUUCCUGAUGAGGUGAGUGUGCUGCACCUCGUCACCAUGGAGUCCAGCGGUCUGUACUCUGUCAGGAGUGAUCUUAAUCUGAAGGUGAUGAAGUCAGACAAAGAUGCUUCCUUCUACUGCGAGGUGUCUUACUUUGUGCCUGGGGGAACCAGGAUGACAGAGACAAACCGCAUCAACAUCACUGUGCACUACACCAGCACUGUCGUCAGCAUGUGGGUGGAGUCACCAAAGGGCGAGAUCAAAGAAGGAGACAUGGUGGAGCUUCAGUGCCAAGGCGACGGGAAUCCUAAGCCAGUCUUCACUUUCAGACAUAACGACAUUGAACUCGAUCCGGACACCACUACGCUGGUGCUGGAGAAUGUGACCCGUUCAGACAGCGGGCUGUACGAGUGUGUCACCAUGAACUUUGACACUUAUGAGGAGAUCACAGGGAAUACAAGCCUGUUUGUUAACUAUCUGGAUGAUGCUGUGGUGAUUCCUGAGGGCACAGCUGUGUUGUCUGAAGGAGAGGAGAUGACCGCCACCUGCAAUGCUCUUUCCUCACUCACGACACAAACUACCUGGUUCAAGAACGGAGAGCAGGUGUCAAAUGAGCACGUUUUAACACUGAAGGACGCCGGUUUUGACACGGCGGGGACGUACGUGUGUGUGGUGAAGGCCCCUGAGAUCGAGGGAAUGGAAACCACAGGGACUCUGCGUGUUUUUGUCCAGGGCCGACCGAGGAUCAGCGAGCCGCAGAGCACAGACUUGGAAGAAACUGUGGAGAAGAUGGUCAACCUGAGCUGCCAUGCCAGAGGCUUCCCGGUGCCCAGCAUCACCUGGACCUCCUCUGACGGACAGGUGUUCAAGCCAGUGUCCCAAAAAACAACUGAGGAUGGCGUCCACAGUGUGGUCAGCGUCAAGGUCACCUCUGACAUCAAUGCCUUCUGCAAUGCCUCCAACGACUACGGCACAGAUGCUGUGGCCUUCAGCAUCAAAGCCAUUACACAUACCACCACAUCAACCACCACAACCACAACCACAACCACAUCCACAUCCACAACCACAACCACAGUCAAAACAGCAACAGCUCCAGCUAUCCCACCAAAGAAAAUCAAGAAAGAGGGCAGCGGUGUCAUCGUUGCAGUUAUCAUCAUCUGUAUCCUGCUGCUGGCCAUCCUCGGCAGCGUGCUCUACUUCCUCUACAAAAAGGGAAAGAUCUGUGGACGAUCCGGGAAGCAGGACCUCACCAAAGAGAAGUCCAACAAAGAUAACAUUGUGGUGGAGAUGAAGAGUGACAACACAGAGGAGGCUGUGCUGCUCGGGGUCAACGGAGACAAGAAGCCUUCCAACGACCAGUAAAGGGUGAUGAGUACCUGGAUGUGCAGAAGUGAGGCGGCUGUGCCAGGCGACUGCAGACGGCUGCUGACGUUCGGCUGCUCCUGUUGCUCUCCUGUCAUCCCCUCUCAGGCUCAGACCCACCGAUGCCUUCUAGCUGCCCGAGCCCCCCAUCCCGGAGUUAUGUCGUGGCAGAGCUCGAUUCUCUAUUGGUUAACAUCUCAUAAUAGACAGUCGAGACUCAAUUGGUUCCCAGCUGCAGCUUCUGCUUACUGAACUUACAUCCCGGAUCAUUUUUGUUGCUAUGCAACUCGAGCUACUUGGACGUUGUGUGAGAAAAUGAUUUCUGAGCUCCAUGACAUAACUCUACGCCUGUAUCCACCCCCGUCCCCACCUCCAUGGACAGUCCUGAGACUGCAGUUCUCAUAAAUAUGAGCCUUGUAUACUGCUGAUCACCUGCAGAUUCGUAGUUAGAGCACAACAAUGACCAGAAACUGUUUUUAUACCCUACCACCCACCACCUCAGGCAAUGCAGUCACUGAAGAGCAGCCUGAAACCGCUCUUUAUCAAAUGUAUAUAUUAUAAUUUGUGUAUAUAUUUCUUUAUUUAAAAUAACCCGGUAAAAAAAACUACCAAAAAUACAUGACAAGAGUGUUUUAUUUUAUUUUGGUGCUUUAUUAUGAAGAGAAUGAAACGCUUAGCAUUUAGCAGCCGUCCUGUUUUUAUUCUUUUGACUGUCGUUUUUUUUUUUUUUUUUUUUUUUUUUUUUUUUUGCCUAAGUCUGUACACUGAAACUGGGGCUGAAGUGAUGCUUCUCCCCGACACCCAGUUCCAGCCUUUCCUGCACCAAAAAGUAGUUCAAACCUUGUAGCCUUUUUGCUCUGAAAAUGGACUUGUGGGUCAUUUAAUCACAUAUCAUUUCACAUUUGUUGUAGUUUUAUUUUUUUUGCUGUAGCUUUUAUUUAAUCACUGACAUUAAUGUCUAUACAGCACGUGACCCCUGUUUGUAUAUGAGAGAAGAUAUUUUGUGGCUUGUUAGACACAGAUGAAUUAUCAGGAUUCAGGAUUGACAUUUGUCCUGACAUAGAAGGGUUAACAUUUUUUUAAUGGAGUUUAUUUUUUUCUUUUCUUCCACAAACUGUCAAACUUUGAAGCUGUUUGUGUGUAUUUGCGUGCACCGAGUUCGCACAUUGCCAACUGUCCUUAGUUGUAAAGUUAAAUGUUCGCCUUACAAAUUCAGGUUGCAUUUGAAGGCUUACAGAAAUAUUAGCACACCCAACCUUUUUGUAUCAGUAGUUAUGAAAAAAAUGUAACGUUUGAUGUCAAGUGCACUGAUUUUUUUUCUUUUCUUUUCUUUGUGUGGAUAUCCCUGUAUGUGUAUGAAACAGUCUGUCAUGGUUAGUGUUUGUAGGAGGAUGAAGGUAGAACAGAUUAGUGAUCCAUGGUGAAUGUGGAUCAUGGCAUGAAUAGCCUACCUUACAAGGAGCGUUACAUGUUUCUGUUUAAUUAGUCCGUUAAUGAAUUCAUCCAUUGACUGAACCUUCACUUGAAGUUGUUUGUUGGAUCCCUGACGCAGUGCCCUUUCUAUUACACACUCCCCCCUCAGAAAUGUUGGGCAUGGUGCCUUAUGUUGACGCCUGAUAUUAAGUUAUUCUGAUGUUCAUGCCUACACACAGUCCAUGUUAACAUGCGUGACUACUAAGAAAACAGGACAAACUGUGAUGAUUUGCUACUGUACUGCAGGUUUUAGCUACCAUGUGAAACAGCUUUGAGAAUAUCUGUCACCCCUCCUUUGCAACAGCGCCGGCUUAUCAAAGUGCCUUUUAUUUCACACUCUUGGUCACAAUUAGGGCUCCAGCAGAGAUCCACAUAUGGAUGUGAAGUAUGAAGGAAGCAAAUUUAUGACAAUCAAAUCAAUCCACUCUCUGUGCUCAGACAUGUGCAGGUGUCAUUCUUACUCACCUUCUGUUUGUCUGUGUUGUUUUGCGGUCUUGGAGAACUACCCAUGACUUUUUUUUUUUAAACCUGUACAAUGCCUUUUAAUGCUUAUGAUUUGUAAAAAUGAAUUGUCAAGACAUUCAAACUAAUUUACAGACAACUCCACUGUUGGUAAAAUGAUUUUUGAAAACCAGUACCAAA